GUAGAAGAAGAAUGUAACUGUGAAAAGGGCUUCGUCGUCGCCGCCGCGUCAGAUGAUUAGCGAAUAGUAAUAACACAGUUAAACGACGGGCAUUUCGCUUCUCGGUCAGUAUUACGAAGCGGUGUAAGUUGUCAGUAAUGUAUAUUUUUCCGUCGUUUACACUUUGAACGCUCUCUUGUAGCACUGAUAAUGCUGAAAAUGAAGCUACCGACGAAAACGGGCGAGGAAGGAGGUAACAAAACGGCUGAGAACGAUUCAUUGGAUCGGCCGAAGCACCAACAUGUUCUCGGGGCGGUAUCUCCGUCCGUGGUGUACGACAAGCGGGGGGACUCGCCCAGAUCUCCGGUAUAUCCACCACAGCUGGACAAGGAGAGCGUCUUCGAGUGGUUCGGCCUACACCUAAACCCCGCUAAGCGCAUCGAGUUCUUGUGCGGGUUGUUGCAUAUGUGCCAACCCCUGGAGCUCCGGUUUUUGGGAUCUUACUUGGAGGAUCUCGCUAGAAAGGACUACCAUGUUUUACGGGACUUCGAGUUUCGGGCAAAUAGCCCGAGCGAUUUGGGAAUGUUAACGGACGUAGUUGACCCAGUGAUCAGGUCUAAACUCUUGGUCUGCCUGUCCCUCCUCGGAUCUGACAGCAGGGAAUGUGCUGGAAUACUCUUUCGGAUACUGAGCCAUGUAAACCCGGCCUUGUUCUACAAAAAUUACGACUACCCCCUCCCUCCAUUUAGGGACCCUCACGUUCACUUGUUCCACCCGCUGUGUCAGACCGAGGAUGUACACGGGCGCUCAGUGCAAGACUGCGGCUUCUCCGCAAACGAAGCAGCCGGAGGACCUCUGGAGCAGUUUGCGCUGCUUUUUACUAUGGCGUCCCUACACCCAGCCUUCCACUUCCACCAACGACAAGUUGUGCGGGAUCUGCUCGACAAAAUAGAGCUUGCUGUAGAGGAGGAAAAGCGUCAAAGCCAGCUUAAAAUAAACGCCCAAGCAACGGAGCUGAUGGGUCAGAAGGGGGAUUCCCUGACCUGUCAAGGGCUCGGACUAGGAGAGUGUUCGACCUCCCAUCCACCUUGCCAGAGCCGACGCUCCAGCCGCAGGGCAUCACAGAGAGAAGCGGUGCAUAUAGAGGAAAUUGUGCUCAGGGGUAUCUCUCGGACCAGAACAGACAAGGAAUACAAUUUUGAGGUGAAGUGGUCGGACUCAUCUUCCAGCAGUGUGACCAAAACCCACGUCGAGCUGGAGAACUUCCUCUUUAAGCUUCCCAAGGAUCAGUGUACGGAGUCUUUUGAGAAAGGCAUCCUGGGUCUUUUGAGCCAGUAUGAGAGCAGGGAGGCAGAGAAGAACCUCAGAGAGAGGUUCCUGUCUGCUCCUCCUCUCUUCAGGCAGACCAGGAAGGUCUGCAGCUUCUUCAACUGUGAUUCCAGUUACUCUGCUAAACCCACUUAUAACAGAUGCAACUGUCAGCAGGGGAAAGCCUACCACAGAGACUGCUCUGACGCCUCCAGUCAGGAGGAAGAGCCGUAUGUGCAGGGACACAAGAAAAAGCACGGGCCCAAGAGUCCAUGUCAGCCUCUGACCAGUGCCAAAGGCUCCCCGGGGGACCCUUGGAGGGGAGGACAUGCUGCAGAGCUCAAUGGGCCAGCAGAGAGGAGGAAAAAGAGCUGUGCACUGCGGAGCACCCAGGAAGCUGAACAGCACCAGGACACAGAGAAGAGAAACCGCUCAGCCACCAAAACCAAGAGCAGAGUGCUGCCCACAGAAGGGGACAAGGGGAAGUGCAAAUCGGUUACCUUUGUGUCCAAUGGGUGUUCGGUACCAGCUCAGAGGAAAGGCGGGGGUUCUGAAACCUCAUCAGAAAGCUGCAGCUCCCCAUCCAGCCCACAGCGCCGAGGACCAGAGAGCCUGGAAAGUGAGGACGAAAACCACAAAGACACAGACAGCCCCUCUGAUGACGUCUGUAAAGGACGGCGUUCUGACGUGUUCUUCCCCUGCCAGAAUGAUCCUGCUGUGCUGGAGGUGAUCUCCUCUGUUGAUCGUCUGUCUUUUGACAGCCAUCAGGCCCAGAUGGAGUCCCUCUACCCGGAGAUGAGGGCAGAGCUCCCCCCUCUCUCCUUCAUGCAUCCUGUGAACUACAUACUCCCCAAUGGAGCCUCUGAUGCUGGGCUUCCAUUGGGUUCACUUCCUGGCCAGAGCAUGGUUUCAGAGGCAAAGCCCUCAUCAGGGCCACUAAUGAUACAGAUGCCCACACUGCCUCCAGCUGUCUCGGGAAUUGUGGACAACCCAGAGAAGAGGGAUGUUCUCCAAGCCUUUGGGAUUCCGCCUACUGGACUCCAUCCUCCAGGAAAUUCUGCUGUGCAGCCUUUGGUUCCGGGCUUCAAAACAGGUUUGUCUCAUAGCCAGGGAGGCACUGACGGAGUCCCGGGGAGUGGCUCUUCACCUGCUGCCCCACAGGUUUCACACCAGGGUCCAAUCAGAUCCAUCAAUGUCAUGUCUUCGGGCCCUACAUCCUUCUCGUCGUCUCUACUAUCCUGCCAAGACCCAGCCAGUGCCAGCUCAGGCCUGGCCUCCUCUCUACAGCACGUACAGACAUCACAAACCAAGCACCCAGGCUUACCAUCUGCCCUGCCUUCUCCCUACACCCUGCCUACUGUCCCCAUGUCAACUCUGGGAGCACCUGUGGCCCCUGGAACAGCUUCGUCUCCUGGACAAGUACAAGCUGCUGUUCCUCCAGCUGUGCCCACACACACCCCUGGACCUGCCCCGAGUCCCAGCCCAGCACUUACACACAGCACGGCACACAGCGACAGUACUUCCUACAGUAACAGCAGUGCUUCCCGUGGAAGUACUCCUGUCGCUCCUGGUAGCCCUCUCACUCUCCAGCAAACCCAGCAGCACCAAGUUGCCCCCCAGCAGCCAACACCACAGCAGCAGCCAAUGGGCUGUGGAACUUGUGGCUGUCACAACAACUGCGGCAGCCGAAGCAACAGCGUGAGCGUUGCUUCGGGUCAAACGCCUUUAUUCUUCCCUGGCCACCAGAUGGCAGCAACACACCAGAUGUUUAGCGUUCCUCCGCAGCUCUUCCAGAUCACAAGCCUGUGCAAUAACAGCUACCUCACCCAGGCUCACCCUCCUCACCAGGCCAAUGGCCCUACCUCCCUGCCUCCUUACUUCCCUAGUGCCCCUCCUCCAGCACACCCACCCCCCUACCUUAGCACUCACGCCCAAAGUCACGCAGAGGUGCCAUCACACAUGCUGGCCACACAGGCUACGGCAGUGGUAGCUGCCGCAAGCUACAGCCUCCAGCAGCCAAUGGCACCAAACGCAUCAUUCUGCCAACGUGUCUACCAGCACGUGUACCCUCCUCUGGGGAUCCUGCCUCCUUCUCUGAUAGGUGGAGGUGGAGUCAACAAGAAGAAUGGGAACGUGUCCUGUUAUAACUGUGGUGUGAGUGGCCACUUCGCUCCCGACUGUAACCAGCCCUCCAUACAGCAAGGUGGUUUCCGGUUAAAGUACGCAGCAUCCCACACUUCAGAUGCCCCUGACAACGCUGAUUAAAGACGAAAGGAUGAAGAGGAGUUCCUGCAGCCUCGUUUCCACAGCGACUGCCCCGGGCGCUGCCGGAGAGCAGGCCCGACCUGCCAAGGGCUCCAUGGACAACACCGAAGUACUUGUGCCUGAAAAAAAUAGUCAUCCUGUUGGGAUAACUCACUGUCUUGCACAUACCAACUGUCCAUGUGAUUUGAAGCCCCGCCCCUUUCAGUUGGUUUUUGAUAUUUUUGCACUGAGGGUUGGAAAUGAUUAACUUAUUACUUAAUUAUUAGGAAGUGUAAGAGAUUUGAGGAUAUUUAGUUUUAACAUUAAUGUGGAACUUUUGGUGUAAACUGAGGUUCUUAGACACUUAUUUCUAAAGGAGAGCGUAUGUAUGCCUUUUCUUAACUGUUCACCUGCAAUUUUUAUUGUCUGACACAAUUGUACAGCAGUUUUCAAAGACUACAAAUCAAAAAAAUAGUUUGUCUUCAAUUUUGCUGUAAUUUUUUUUUCAUGUAAAAAAAAAAAAAAAAUCCGAUUGGACGGCUGUCAUGCGUUUUGCCACUUGAUGUUUUUAGUUGGAAGGUAAUUGCUGCUGCUUUGUAAUUUAAGUUUCUUAUUUUUCCAUUUUUAAAGUUUUACUCAGUCAGAUGCACUAUAGAGAAGCAGGAGUGACUAAAACAUGCACCAGAACAAGUUCACAUAGUCAUAGUGGUGGUCAUUUGAAAUCAGCUCUAAUGAGCAGUUGCUUCAGGUGUGGAAUGGCCUUUUAUUGACAGUGAAAGGAUUCAGUGUUUUACCUGAAACGACCCACUGUAGAAAUGAAACAGAUCCCAGUUAAUGAGUCAGACCACCUCUGUCCCAGAGCACACGUGGUACCCGUCAUAUUGCUGUUUUCUUUCCCCCGUUAACCUCAAUGUCCCUUUUUGUUCACUCAUAUCCAAACAGCCACUGCAUCAGGGUAGCUUCAUGCUCCACUGCAGACAAAUCUAGGCUGCUUUUGUCACCUGAUGUCAAAGCAGUGCUCCUCAAGGCUCCAGUGUGCUUUAAACUGAAAAGCACACUGAGCUGGCUGAUUAUGUCUGAACGCAUGCAUUUAAAUACCUGUUUAAGGUAAAAAGCCUGCACCCCAUCCUCCUCCAGAUCCCUUUCCCUUUUUUUGCUUUAAUUCCACCUCCUAAAUGGACACGGGGCCAUGAAGGUGAACACGUUCAUUCAGAGUGUUCUUGGUGUUUGCAGAAGUUGUAAAUGGUAACGGCCUAAUUUGCAGUGACCGGGUUGAUUAAAGCACAGCAGGACUUUAAGGAGAGCUUUAGUGGGUUCAGCCUCGAGCUGAGAUAAACGAAGUCCAGUGCUGGACACUGUCUCAGAUGAUCCUGACACUUUCUGGGCUGGAAGUUGAUGAAUCAACUGAAAAGCUCUAUAGUUUUUUUGUUUUUACUUUAAGAUGUUUUAAGGUGGACCUGAUAGUUGAUGCUUGGUGAUUUUUUUUUUGAUGUGGAAAAGUUUGAACAUCUGUUGAUUGAAAGCAAUGAGCGCUUUAAUCUUCUCCGAAGGCAGUGUGUGAAUAUGGAGCCCCAAAGUGUUCAGGAGUACAUAAAUAAAUUAUUGACAAUAAAUAAAUUGGCAGUUAAAGCCUAUUCAUAAUAAAAUGUUAGGGUUUUUGUGCUGCCACAUUAGUCAGUCAGCACCCUUUGGCUCAAACUGCUGCUGAACAUGCGCUCUUCCUUCUCCCUUCUAUUAGAUAACCCUGCACAUGCUCCCUACCAAGACCGCUAACUGCUAAAUAAGUUAGUCUUCUGGCUAAGGUUAGCUCAGAGCAGUCUGAGCCUGUUGAGUUAUUCAGGAGACACUUUUCCUGCUAGCUCUUCACUUCAGCGCUAACUCCUGUGAGCUCAAAGCGCGCUGAGCUGCCUGCUGGUCUGAGUAGCAUUAGCUGCCUCGUUCAGUAAAAGCUUGAACAGAGUGCUUCAUUUCCACAUUUCUCAGUUGAAACCUUUUAAGUACAUCUGCUGUUCUUGUUCUAGCAGCUGUUUAUAGUUGAAAGCAGUUCAGGCUUCCAAUGUGACAUUUUGAUAAAUAUUUAAAUGCAUUUUCACGAACCUCCGGUUUAUUUAUUUAUGCAUUUGUACUGCUUCUUUCCCAGGUUUGUUUAUUACUAGACACUUUAGGGUUCCAUAUGUAAAAAUGUAUUUAAGGAAUUAACAGUUCUCACAAAAUAACCGAUCAAAUGACCUUUCACGGUGAAGAGUGUAGUUUAACAGCACCUGUGUUUCCUCUCUGAACUGAAUACAAAUGUUGGAUUCUUUUAUUUAGGCUAUUUUAUUUUUUUAAAGCCGUUGAAGUUCCUGUUAGCCAUUUGAGACACUAAGGCUGCUCGUUGGUUGUUUUCAGAGCUUUGUGGAUAUGCUGCUUGUCUUUGUGCAUUUGUCCUCCAUUACUGCUCAGCCUGUCAGUGCAUUUAUUAUCUAUGCAUACAAUUUUUAUUUUUUUUAAUUGAUGGAUAAGAGAUGCCAGUGAUGGAGGCUACAAGAUAUUUUAUGUAAAUCUGCUAAGGAGAUGCACUAUUAAACAGCUCCAUAGAUCAGCUUUAUUUAUGUCUCAAACUGUUUCCCCUUUGAAGUUCUUCCUUUGAUCCAAGACUUGAAGAUCCCGCUGUUCUGGAUCACAAGCAGUGAGACGAAGUGGACCAGUCUGAGUGGAUGAAGAGGUGUGUGUGUGUGUGUGUAUGUGUGUGUGUGUGUGUGUACAGAGGAUGCACCAAACGACCCAAGUUUCAUUACUGACCUUUAGGGUUUGAAAAAUGCUGUACUGUUCAUCUGUAAGGAAUCACUGCUCCACCCUCAGCUGUAAUGUUUACUGUACUCUUUGAUAUCUAGAUACUGGAAAGGUUAAAUAUUUCUAGAGAGGAAUUUGGGUUUUAUGCAAACUGUUGAUCUCUUUUCUGUAAUUAAAA